CAUCUGUCUUCCACACCCUCCCAAUUAAUGCUUUUUCCUUCCACUCACACAUUCAUUCAUAUCUCUAUAUAUAUAAAUUUCUCAACCUUCAUCAUCAUCAUCACAAACUCAACUUUCAUAAAAAUCUCAUUUCAUUUCAACUCCAAAACAAAAACACACACACACACACACAAAAAAUGAACCCCACAAUCACCUUUCUCUUCUUCUUCACCCUUCUCCUCAUAGCAUCACCCUCCGUCGCAACCCGACCCGCAUCCAACCCUAAUCAAGUGAAGCACUCCAAAGACACCAACAACAACCAAGGUGGUGCUGGUGCCGGUGCUGGUGGUGGUCUUGGUGGUGCAGCUGGUCCAGGUGGGUUCUUCGGCCCCGGUGGGGGCUUCAGCAUACCCGGAUUCGGAAACGGGUUUGGGAACGGCAUCGUGGGAGGAGGGUACGGAUCCGGGUACGGAGGUCCGAAUGGAGGGUCCUCUAAAGGUGGCAUCGUAAGACCAAGCGUUGUGUGCAAAGAAAGAGGCCCUUGUUUCCAGAAGAAGGUCACGUGUCCAGCCAAGUGCUUCUCCUCCUUCAGCCGCUCCGGCAAGGGCUACGGCGGCGGCGGCGGUGGCGGCGGCUGUACCAUUGACUGCAAAAAGAAAUGCAUCGCUUAUUGCUAAGCCAGUUAAUUAAGCACUAUAAUAUGUAGGUAACACUUGUUAUGCCUUCUACUACUAUGUUUAAUGGUGACGUGUACAACAAUUUUACACUACUUUAUCGAUCACAAAUCAUAUUUUAAUAUAAAUUUGAAGAUAAUCUCCAUAAAAAUGAAGAAAGUUAUAGAUUUGUGAUUGGACGGUAAUGUGAAAUGUUUUACAUGGAUAGUUACCUAUAUGGUGACGUUGAUGAUCAUUUUAGAUGAUAUAAAUAAAUGAAAAGUAGAUACAUAUCUAUGCAGGUGCUUGUUCGAGUUGGUUUUGAUUAUUAUGUGUAUGGGUGGAAAAUAUAUAUUAUGAGAGAAUGCUUGGUAUUUUGACUCUGUAAUAUUAUAGGAAGAUAGGGUAUUAUAUGUUAAUUAAGCUGCUGCUGUUGUUCCAUUUUAAGUAAUGAUGUGAAGUUUUUUCUGAACUUAA